CUUCACCCUCACCCUCCUCCUCAUCAUUCUCCCCAUCCUCAUCACGGUUAUCGUCCCCAUGAUCAGGCUUCACAUCGUGGUCACUACUCCGUGGGUGGGCAGAUCGAUCGGCCUUGACGCUCUCGUCAUCAUCGUCGUCAUCCUGGUCGUGGCUCACACGCGGCUUCACGUCCUCUUCAUUCCCCGACUCUUCCGCCGGAGCGGGGUUAAAGUCAUCAUCUUCAUCUUCAGACCCGAAGUCAUGAUCCAGUAGAUUGCGGGACAUGGUGUCCUCUUCGUAUGUGUAGUCCGAGUGCACCAGCUCGUUCCGGCGUCAGGAUAAGGAAGGCGUUCCUUUCUCUCGCCGGGACGGAGGACGAGACGAAAAGGAAAAGGUAAAAAAAGUAAAAACCCCAGAGCCCAGUGCAAAGAAAAAAAGAGAAAGAAAAAACCAAUCCAGUCAGUAGCGAGUAUCUGACUGGCGUGUUCAAAGGUUGAAAUGUCGAGGAGAGGAAGGAAAGGCGGCGCUGGCUCUCCGAUCGGGUUCGCGGCGGCUUUCGCGACCGUCGUCACGUGUGGCGAAUACUACCAGUGUAGUAAAUGGCCCCAACACCAAGGGAUUCUUGUGCUAUUGUGUAUGAGGGAAUAAUUAGAGAAGAAAUAAGUAGUCGUUGAUAU